UGCAAGCAAAUAAACAUAUGGACCAGAGAAUUGACCAAUCACUUGUGUUCGACGUGCCUCCGUAUUGGAUAGGAAAUGACUUGUCAGCUUCCAGGGUGGCACGUGAUCAAAACACGUGACUACGCGUCAUCUGCAUAUUCGUUCCAUUCUACUCCCGGGAAGAAAAGAAUACACACGCAUGUUAACAAAGGUGAAACAUCACUGAGGAAACGUGUUUAAGGCGAAAUAAUUUCAAUUCGAAUAGUUGUGUAAUUGAAUGCAUCAUCCAGAAGGUUUUAAGGCAGUGGUGUAUUACGGAAAAUCAAGAAAAUGUUUAAGAAAUUCGAUGAGAAGGACAGUGUUUCUGGUGUUCAGCAAUUGAAGUCGUCCGUGCAGAAAGGAAUCCGUGCAAAACUUCUGGAACUGUAUCCUCAUCUGGAAAGUCAUAUAGAUGUUAUAAUACCAAAGAAAGACGCUUUUCGCAUUGUGAAAUGCCAUGACCACAUAGAGAUCAUAGUAAACGCAGCAGGAGAUUUGUUAUUCUUCCGGCAACGUGAAGGUCCGUGGAUGCCUACUUUGAGAUUAUUACACAAGUAUCCAUUCUUCCUGCCGAUGCAACAAGUUGACAAGGGUGCCAUUAGGUUUGUUCUUAGCGGUGCCAAUAUAAUGUGUCCUGGUCUAACGUCAAAGGGUGCAAAAAUGAUGACUGUGGAUAAAAAAACGGUUGUCGCUGUUAUGGCUGAGGGCAAGCAACAUGCGUUAGCUGUUGGAGUUACAACAUUAUCAACAGAAGAAAUUAUCAAAGUGAAUAAAGGAGUAGGCAUCGAAAACUGUCAUUAUUUAAAUGACGGACUUUGGCAAAUGAAACCAGUGAAGUAAGAAUAUUUUGGAUCCAAGAUUGUAAUCAAAGAAUAAUUACAUACAGAUGUUCUUUUAUCCAUUUCUACUUCAUACAAUCAUUUCGUGUGAAACAGUACAAUAUUUGAAUAAUUUUUGUAUUUACGAUGUUAUAGAUCGUAAUAAAAUUAAGAUUAUUAUUGUAUUUUUAUCGUAUAAAUUAAAGAAUUGCGCUAAACAGGUUUGUAGGCGCAAGGAUAUAGAGAUAAAUACUGUCAUAGAUAUAUACCGUACUAACGGAAAUCUAGAUUAUUUGUAAAAUAAAGAAUAUUUAAGCGGA